AUGAGAAUUUUUCUGGUUUGGACCCUUUUCCCAGGUGGCUGGGCAGUGACGGGCCCCACGCAGGUGACAGCCGAGCAGGGCAGCUCGCUGGCAGUGUCCUGCAGCUACAAGCCAGGCUACGAACUCUACCCCAAGUACUGGUGCCGCCCGGGCUUCCUCUGGUUUUGCCUCACCUACAUCGCCCAAACCAACGGCUCAGAGGUGACGGUGACACAGGGCAAGGUGUCUAUUGGGGACAACCACACAACACGCUCGUUCACGGUGAUGCUGGGUGGUGUUGCGCCGGGGGACGCAGGCUGGUACUCCUGCGGGGUGCGGAGGAGCCUGUGGUUCAGCCUGUGGCACACCACCGAGGUGAUGGUUUCCACAGGUAAAGCCGGACUGGGAGCAAAGCAAUCUGUUCCAACCGUGACCGAGGGCAGUGACAUGAGCCCAUUGGCCACCAACCUCCUGUGCCCCGUGGGCUGUGAGGCACGGUCCCAGCUUGGUAUCACCCACCUGCUGCUCCUCCUCAGCGUGAAGGUGCCCGUGGCGCUGGCCCUGGCAUGUGGGGUCGCAUGGGGAGCUUUGGGGGAAAGCUGCUUCUCCUCAGCUUUGUUUAAGGAACCGAAAUGCCUGAGGUGCCAGGAGCGGGCAUGA